CAGACGUUGCACUUCACUCCUAUGCCCGGACCAUGUUACCGCCUGGCGCCCGUCUCCGCGUUAUCUGUCGGCGGUAUAUAUUGUGUUUUCCGCCUCCCGCCUUGAGCGCAGUUCCAUCGUUGUUCGUCGCCCAUCAUGACUGACCCCGUGCUCAACGACAUCUCCCACAGGCGCUUCAACCUCCUGCGAGGAAGCUGGAUCCUGGUUUCGCCGCACCGCACAAAGCGCCCAUGGCAAGGUGCGCAAGAGGAACCGUCCAAGGUCACGCUCCCAGAGUACGACCCCAAGUGCUAUCUGUGCCCUAGCAACACACGAGCAAAUGGCGAGAACAACCCAACGUUUACAAACACUUUUGUGUUUGUGAAUGACUUCAGCGCUGUCAAGGAAGAGCAGGAAGACUACCACCCAGGAUCCAACAGCAAAUCACUAGCUUCGCGACUGCUCCGUGCCGAGGCCGUCACGGGAAAAUGCUAUGUCAUCUGUUUCUCGCCCAACCACAGCCUCACCCUCGCAGACAUGAACCCUGCUGAGAUACUCCCCAUAAUCGACACCUGGACCAACAUCUACACAUUACAUCUGGAUCCGAAGUCACCACUUGCCAAGCUUGCCGCGACACGGUCCAUUCCCGAGCUCGAGCAAGGUCAACUUGAGAGGCCAAAUGCACAGUACCGCUACAUGCAGAUCUUCGAGAACAAGGGUCAAGCGAUGGGUUGCUCGAAUCCCCACCCUCACGGCCAAGUUUGGGCCACCACAUCACUUCCUGAGGAGCCGGCGCUGGAACUCCAGCAGAUGAUCAAAUACCGCCAAGAGCAGAACGGUUCGCACCUACUUAGUGACUACGCAGCGUUGGAGUCUGAGCAAAAGGUUCGCACUGUCUUUGAGAACGAGGGCUUCUGGGCCGGUGUGCCGUACUGGGGCGUCUGGCCGUUCGAGAUCCUUUUGACUAGCAAGCAACACAAGAGGUCGCUGGUCGACUUCAGCAAAGAGGAGCGUGCACAGCUCGCAGAGGCUAUAUCGGAGAUUACUCGCCGAUAUGACAACCUCUUCGAGACACAAUUCCCGUACAGCAUGGGCAUUCAUCAAGCGCCUCUGGAAGGUACUGCUGAUGAGAUCGAAUGCAGCCACUUCCACAUUCACUUCUACCCCCCUCUUCUCCGUAGCGCGACCGUCCGCAAGUUUCAGGUCGGUUACGAGAUGCUGGCCGAACCUCAGCGUGACAUUACGCCUGAGCAGGCCGCAGAUCGUCUGAGGGGUUGCGACGGUCCACUGUACCGCAAGACCUUUGCAGAGAAGCCAUAUACGAACGGUGUCAAUGGCGUCAAUGGCGUCAAUGGUGUCAAUGGUGUCAAUGGCGUCAACGGAGUCAAUGGUCACCACUAAGCUUUAACUUGGCUUGCCAUCUGCCGUAGUUCGUCGGGGAGGGGCGUUUGGAGUACAAUAGGCGACAACGGAAUGUUGUCCAAAUGCGUAGACUUUUGAUGCAUGUCAGGAAUCCGAGUUCAUAUCUGCUCGCAGUACAGGACGGAAGCAUUACCAUACCAUUACACGGAGUGUGUACCGGCGUCAAGAGGCAUAGAUCUUCUGAUAUUAAAUCAAAUACACCAAUCUUCAAUCUCCACCCA